UGUCCCCGCUGGGCGGCGCCAUUUUCUCGGCCAGCGGCCCGGGACCGGGGCCGGGCCCGGCUCCCGCCCGAGGCCGCCGCGGCCCAGCGCUUGCUGCUGCUGCCGGCCGGCAGCGGGGGCCCUGCCCUGCCCUGCCCGGAGGCCUCUACCCGGGCGGUGGGAAAACACCGCCGGUGUGCGCUUACACGUGAGCCGUUAGUCCCUCACCCAUGAGGAGCCGUGAGGGAUGCGCGUGUGGAGCGGGCAGGCAGAAAGAACUGGUUACAGUCGGAGGAGCAACACAAGAACUCAGGACACUAAGGACUGAAAUGCGCUUGCAGUUAAAGUAUCCUCAUCAUGAAUAGGUACACAACUAUCAGACAGCUUGGUGAUGGGACCUACGGCUCUGUCCUCCUAGGGAGAAGCAUUGAAUCUGGGGAGCUAAUAGCCAUUAAAAAAAUGAAGAGAAAGUUUUAUUCCUGGGAGGAAUGCAUGAACCUUCGAGAGGUUAAGUCUUUGAAAAAACUAAACCAUGCCAAUGUAGUAAAGCUGAAAGAAGUUAUCAGGGAAAAUGAUCAUCUGUACUUUGUGUUUGAAUACAUGAAGGAAAAUCUUUAUCAGUUAAUGAAAGAAAGAAACAAACUGUUUCCUGAGUCUACAGUUAGGAAUAUUAUGUAUCAGAUCCUGCAAGGACUUGCAUUUAUCCAUAAACAUGGGUUCUUUCACAGAGACUUGAAACCUGAAAACCUCCUGUGCAUGGGACCAGAACUUGUAAAAAUAGCAGACUUUGGCUUAGCCCGAGAAAUCCGAUCUAGACCUCCUUACACCGAUUACGUAUCCACGAGAUGGUACAGGGCUCCUGAAGUCCUACUGAGAUCCACCAGCUAUAGUUCUCCAAUAGAUAUUUGGGCUGUUGGUUGUAUAAUGGCAGAAGUUUACACGCUGAGGCCUCUCUUCCCAGGUGCCAGUGAAAUUGAUACCAUAUUCAAAAUUUGCCAGGUGUUGGGGACACCAAAGAAGAAUGACUGGCCCGAAGGCUACCAACUUUCAUCCUCCAUGAAUUUUCGCUGGCCUCAGUGUGUACCUAACAACCUGAAAACCCUCAUACCUAACGCUAGCAGCGAAGCAGUGCAGCUUAUGAGAGACAUGCUGCAGUGGGACCCCAAAAAGCGGCCAACAGCUAGCCAGGCACUCCGAUAUCCAUAUUUCCAGGUUGGGCAUGCCUUGGGUGUUCAGGACCUGGCAAAACAGAAGGAACUCCAUGAUAAAUCAUCUCUGCAUAUUAAGCCUGUCCCGCCACCACAACCUCCUUCAAAAUCCCACACCCGUAUUUCUUCACGAGCAUUUCAGCAAAGCCAGGCUUCUCAUCAUUUGGUCUAUCCAUAUAAGACAGACAACUCUGGGACUGAUCACAGUAACUAUUUGCAGGAAGACAAGUCUAACCAGCUUCUUCUUCCUGCAAUUCACAAUAAGGUUCCUCAGCAGAAAACAUCUGCUGGAACUGAGAACAUAAACGGUGAACUUAAACCAAAAGCUAGGCGGAGAUGGGGGCAUCUUGCUAGAACAGUGAAGAGUUCUGAAGACUGGGAUGAUUUGGAAGACCUUGAUUUUGGCUCUUCUGUCACAAGAGUUGACCUGAAAAACAAAAAGAGGCAGAAUGAUGAAACUCUUUGUAGAUUUGAAAGCAUUUUGGACCUGAAGCCUUCGGAUGCUGUUGGCUCUGGCAACAGUGCACCUUCCCACGUUACCUUCCCUCGGCAGGACACUCCCACGUUGCGAGUUUCUGCAGCAAAGCAGCACUACCUGAGACAUUCUAGGUAUCUACCUGGAGUAAACACAAGGAAUAGCUUAGUCUCCACUUCGAGCAAAGAGUCCGUUCCGUCUAAUCCCUGGCCCAGUUCUGGUUUGCCUGGGAAAACUUCAGGUUUGGGAGGAAGUAUUAACAGGAUAAAUUCAGGUCCCAUAGGAUCAAGUGGUCUAAGUAGUGGUUAUAUCCCUUCGUUUCUGAAGAAGGAAGUAGGCUCUGCUGGGCAGAGGGUUCAGUUAGCACCAAUUGCAGAUCCAUCUUCUAAUUAUGCUUCUCCGAAGUUGGUAAGACCCCAUCCUGGACGGCCCUCAUUCAACUCCCCUUCAAAAAGCACACCAAGGUUAAUGCCUCUCCCGCCACCAGCUCAGCCGAUCCACGGCCGCGUUGACUGGUCUGCAAAGUACGGUGCUAACCGGUGACACAUGGAAAAACUUCCUGAACCAGUGUAUAUUUCCCAUGAAAUGGUGACUAACACAAGACAAUUUUAUAUUGUUUUGUAUACCUGUAAAUUUAAAAGAUCUUCUAUGGUUGAGACCUUUUUGAAGGCAUUUUUUUAAUUUUUAUUUGUAUUAAUUUGGAUGCAAUCUUGUACUUCUUUUGUAUGAAAUUGUUUUGUUAUAUAAUUGGGUCCAGUUAUUUUCAUAACAAAAUCAUUUUGUAUAUAUGGUUGAGGGGUCUUGGCAUUUUUAUAUGAUAAAUUUUUAUAUAAAACUUUUUUAAAAUUUAACUUUUCCUUUAUUGGAUUCAACUUUUUUAUAAAAGUGGGUUUUAAAAAAAAAGAAGCAAAGUGGUGCAAUAUUGCAGUGGAAGAGAAGUAGUGAGGAAGGGGCAUUCAUUAGAUAUUGUUGGAAAUUGAUGUGCUAAAUGAGGCUUUAUAAUUUCAGCAGUGCCACAUCCUGAUGCCAUGCUGUUGUGGUUGUACACUCAUUUGCUUUGUAUUGACAUCAAUGAGUAGGGAUGAGUAACAGUCUAAACUCUCCUUUGCAUUCACUGAGAGACUGCUGGAAGUCAGUGGGAAGCUUUGUUGUUGUUGUUGUAGUAUUUAUUUUUACCUUUACCAGGUUUUUGGUGAGCUGCUGUCCAGCUUUCCAGUCCCAUUCUUUUGCUUUUACCAAAUCUUGGUAGUCUCCUUUAGUAAAGGGUAUUCGGUAGAUUUGUUUUCCGAUGCUUGUUUGUCCUGUUUCAAAGUUACCUCUUGGUGUUGUUCACUAUGAAAUAGAAUGUGGACCUACCUCUGUUAAAUUCAUGUAAAUGUUUCCUAAUGACUUCUAAGGAGAGAAAGUAGAUUCUGCUUUUUUGUCAUUGUUGGGAAUAUAAGAUGCAAAGACAGAUUUAAGACAGUAUUGACAAUUACAAAGCUAGUUUCACAGUAACAAAGUAUUAGUGAGAUACCAGCAGCAGCAGAGUUUAAGGAAACAGUAUCUAUUCUAUCUAUUUUAUAACUGUUUUAAAUCACUUUUGGGAAAAACAUAAAUCUGGAGCAAAUGAAUCAAUUUAAGCUUCAGUUCUGCUUUUCAGUAGGACUUCACUGCAAAGUGAAGAGUAUGUCCUCUGUUCUGUAAGUUAGGCCCCCAGGCUCUCCUGGGAAAAACUGGGACCUUACCUCAUCCUACUAAAAAACAUUCUAAAAUUGUGAUUGAUUUCACUAAAAGCAUUUAACUCAGUUUAUAGGAGAGAACGAAUGAGCGGGUUAUAGACAAAGGAGAAUAGCCUCAUAGCCUGGGUUAUUUCUGCACUGGAAAGGAGUGCCAGAGUUCAGCCAGCAGUAAAAGGUUCGUUCUGAUCACAGUCAGCAUUUGGGUGUUCCUGCAGCUCCUUCCACAGAAGAUUAGCCCUGUGGAUAAAACAGUGCUGUGGGAGAACAUAUUUUAUAGCUGUGCUUUGGAAAAGCACCAUCAAAGCUGAAGUGUGCUGUGAAAACACAUCUUCCUGCAGAAGUGUGCAGAAAUGCUUAGCUCUGGGAAACCUCACCUGAACUCAUUUUAUGAACAGGUCGGGCAGAUCUUAAAUUUGGGAGACUAAGAUCCUCAGAGCAGGUACGGUUCUGGGCAUCUGGCCAUCUGAAGGAGGCGAAGUGCUAGUGUGUGAGUGCAGUCCUACCUGUGGGGUCUGCCUGCACCCACAAGGGGCACCCACUGCGGACUGGAGGCUGGUGGCAUGCUCUGGCACCUUCAGUUCUUUCCGUGGAGAACGUACGGGACUCAGGAAACAGGACCCUAGAGUAGGCUGCUGGCUCAGUGCUACGGGGGAACCGUGAGGGACACUGGUCACUGUUUGCUUUAACAAACUCAGCCCACAGUGAGACAGUACAAGGCAAAAAAGGAGCAGAAGGCAUUAUAGAGGUAUACAUAUAAGACUUAUAUGUGCCACGGACAUGUCCAGCUACUCUAAUUACUUGAUACAAACAAGUACAGUGAUGCCAAUGCGUAGCAGUGCCCUAAAGCAGCCAUUCCAACUCUGGAGCACAUGCUGAUGUUGUCUUGGCUGAGUGGAAAGGGAAAUAUGUAUAUUUGUGUUAGAACUGGAAAGAUAGUUGUUUCUCUUGUUGGAAAGAAAUACCUGUAUUUAUGUCUAGAUAUCAUUUAAUUUAUUUUAUCGCUGAAUAAUCAGUUCAAGAGAAAAUACCCUAAACCUGUCCUAAAUAUCCUUAGACCUAAGUAGGCGAUUUCUAUAGUCGGUUUCAUGCAUAUAAUUCCUAUUAAUGGAAGCAGGAGACAAGUCACAAGAACGGGCUGCUGAGGCUUGGAUUCAUCCUACCUAACCACUGGUGCCUAAGCGUGAGCUGAUUCUCUAAACCAGAGGUAAGUGAGAAUCACUCACAAGAAACUCAGCUCGCCUGAGAACUUAAUAGCCCCCUGGAUAUGCCUGGGUCUCUGCCGCUGACAAUGGGGACUACUCAGCAUGCUUAACAUGGUACAUGUUGAAUCUGGACCUGGCCUGUAAUCUUUGAACUUUUAUCAGCACAGCCCUGCAGCAGUGAACCUGAAUAUGGCAUUCAGGUUUUGGUCAGCUCAGCAAAAAUAUUAGAAAAAUAGUAUUACAAUUUUUUUUGGCACAACUCCCCCUUUCCUGAAAGAAAAAAAGCCAUUAUUUUUGAGGGGAAAAAAAGCUAAUAAUCUUUGACAUUUCUGAAUGACUUCUAGUUUUAACUUAGUUGGAUGAGAAAAUUGUGAAGUAUUAGUAUAUUGGGAGCACUCUUGUAACCUUCACUCAAGCAGAUUCCUACAGAUGUUGGAGAAUGUUCUUUCUGAGUAAGGACUGACUUGGCUGAGCAGUAUAUCACGCUGUGCUCUCACCAUGCAGCACAGGUGGAAAAGAUGUUAGUCUGUUUGUUACACUGAAAUCUGGGCAAGCAGCACAUCUGAGAAUUUAUCAUAUGUAGCCUACUCCUUUGUGUCUUAAUGUUUAGCAGCAUCUUUGUGCAAAGUGUUGCUCGAAUUCUGCUGUCUACUUUUUCUCUGCCUUAUGCAUAGCGUGUAAUGGCUGUUGGAAAUAAAGGAGCCUGACAGUAGAUCGUUUGUCUCUGUAAUCCAGGUUUUGAUAAAAGUCUUGUGUGAGUGCCAUGAUGUUAGCCAAAAAAAAAACUUCACCAAUUCCAUGGUAUUUCCAUGUCUAAUAAGGCUGUUGUUGUGAGUAGGUUCUUCCAGAAGGAGAGGAGAACAUUUCUGAGCUUCUGUGGAAGAGGAAUUGUGGAAUUGUUGAUGUGAGUACGAUCUUAAAGAAGUAAUGGUUCUUGUUCCUUCAGUGUUUUUGUUCAAAACUGUUGCAAACGUUUUCUUUCCCUCUGUGUCAAGUCUCCUGCCCAGAAUAAAGUUACUAUUGAAGAAAUA